AUGAUACUUGCAAUCAUCUUCGUUUCAAUUAUAUUCAUUCUUAAUGUUUUAUGGUUGAAAUACCGUCGUAAUUCAAAAAAAAAGUUUACAAUACCAGGUGUAAAAUCAUCUGAUUCAGCACUUGGCAAUCUUGGUGAUAUUGGUCAAGCUGGUAGUUUACAUCAAUAUUUAACUAUACUUCAUAGACAAUUUGGUCCAAUUGCUUCAUUUUAUUGGAAUAAACAACUUGUAGUUAGUUUAGCAUCACCUGAAGCUUUUCAUGAAACACGUCGUUUAUUUGAUCGACCAGUUCUACUUUUUUCGGCAUUUGAACCAUUGAUUGGUUCUAAUAGUAUUCAAUAUGCUAAUGGUGACAUUGGACGAUAUCGUCGAAAAAAUCAUUAUGAUACUGCUUUGUCACCUGUGGCCCUUCGGGGACAUUUUUUUGAUAUAUUUAAACGUGUCCUACGUGAGAAAAUGAUUUUAUGGCAAUUAAAUGAAGGAAAACCUAUAGCAUUACAAGCUGAAAUGUUAUCAUUGGCAAUACAAUCUAUUACAUUAACUGCUUUUGGAUCGACACUAUUAUUAGGUGAUGAAAAACAAAUUGAACAAGCUUACAAUACAUGUUGGCAUGAAAUGGAAAUGCGUAUUCAAGGUCAAUCUAUGGAUUCUAAACGUGAAAUUGAAUUUAAAGAAGCUCGAAAUUAUUUUUUAACAAAAGUUAAAGAAAUUAUUACUGAACGUCGUCAACGAUCAGGUGUUGAUGAUAAAUGUUUUAUUGAUUUUUUAUUAGCUGAUGAUGAACAUGUUCUUAGUGAAGAACAUAUCUGUGAUGAAGUUAUUACAAUGUUUGUUGGUGGUUUUCAUACAACAGGAAAUCUUCUCACAUGGAUUUUCUAUUAUUUAGCUAAACAUCAAGAUAUUCAACAACGUCUUUUUAAUGAACUUAUUCGAACAUAUAAUACAGAAUUUCCAUCAUUUGAACAAAUUGAUCAUAUUUCUUACUUAACAAAUAUUAUUAAUGAAUCAUUACGUCUUUCUGUAUUGGCACCAUGGGCAGCUCGAGUAUCAACUGAUGAACCAAUUGUUAUAUGUGGACAUACAAUUCCAGCUGGUACACCAAUUAUACAAGCACUUGGUGUUGUUUUACAUGAUGAAAACAUUUGGCCAAAUCCAUUUCAAUUUAAUCCUGAUCGAUUUAAUCAAGAAAAUAAAAAGAAUUUUUCAACAUUAGCAUUUUCACCAUUUGGAUUUUCUGGUAAACGUGUAUGUCCUGGCUAUCGUUUUGCUCAAUAUGAAGCAAGUUUAUUUGUAGCUGGUAUAAUACGAGCAUUUCAAGUAACUUUAGUUGAUCAAACAAGUCCAGUAAUACCUGUACAUGGUUUAGUAACAGCACCAAAGGACGAAAUUUAUGUACAAUUUGCUAAACGAAAUUUUUGA